AUGGAGGACAAGGACAAGGACAACGACAACAUCAACGACACGGACACGGACAAGGACAAGGACAACGACAACGACAACGACAAGGACAAGGACAACGACAACAUCAACGACACGGACACGGACAAGGACAAGGACAAGGACAACGACACGGACAAGGACAACGACAAGGACACGGACAAGGACAAGGACAACGACAACGACAAGGACAAGGACAACGACAAGGACACGGACAAGGACAAGGACAACGACAACGACACGGACACGGACAAGGACAAGGACAACGACAACGACAACGACAAGGACAAGGACAAGGACAAC